AUUUUGGAGACAAAUCGAACAACGCCGCCGCUUUUGUUGCCCAUUCAACCAGUUACCACACCGAAACUUUCCAGCGGUCAAGCCUGAUGAUUGACCACACCCUUCGUGCCCGCCCGCCAUGUCCGACAGCGCGCCGUUAUUACGAGGCUCCAUCGAAGCCCAGGCCCAGGUAGUGGCCGAGCAUCUUCCCUCCGGGUACACGGCCGAGCUGCAUCCGCCGACGCCCGGCGCCGGAGAUGGCUCCGCUUCUUCGGCGUCGGGCUCGGGAUCGGAGCAGGAGCCUCGGCCGCCCAAGGACUCGUUGAAGCUGCAGGGGGGCGACAUGCACCGGGACCUCUUCAAGCUGGACGCGGCAGCCCGCGCGCAGAUGCACCGGCGCGCAGCAACGUUCCACUCGCCAAGGGAAUUCCGCCAGGACGACGACGUCGCCCCCGCCAUGUCGGUCGGCGACCAGCUUGCCCCGGGCGGGUUCCGCCGCGCAUUCCUUCGCCAGCGGCACGGCGACGAUUUUCUGGCCCGCCGCCUGCCCAUCACCAGGAAUUUCGUCGAGUUCCUCGACCUGUACGGGAGCUUCGCUGGCGAGGACCUUGUGGACACGGAUGAGGAGGCCAUUACCGAAGAAGAAGAGGGGGGAGCAGACGAGGAAGCUGCCGAACAGAGGCCCCUGCUCCGACACCACCACCGGAUCAGCUCUGCCCGGGCCGCGCCCUCGGCCAGAGCCGGCACGCUCAAAACCUUCUUCACGCUGAUGAAAGCCUUCAUCGGCACGGGCAUCAUGUUCCUGCCCAAAGCCUUCAGCAACGGCGGAAUCCUCUUCUCCACCGUCACCAUGCUGGCCGUGUCGGCCAUCACCAUGGUCGCCUUCCACCUGCUGCUGCAGUGCAAGCUGCACUACAGCGGUGGCUACGGCGAAAUCGGACACGCAGUCGCCGGGCCGAGGAUGCGCAACCUCAUCCUCUUCUCCAUCGCGCUUUCGCAGCUGGGCUUCGUCUGCGCGGGCAUCGUCUUCGUGGCCGAGAACCUGGCCACCUUCUUCGACGCCGUCACCGCCGGCCCGAGCCCCUUCACGACCGCCGGCCUGAUCGCCAUACAGCUGAUCUUCCUCGUCCCGCUCUCCUGGAUCCGCAACAUCUCCAAGCUGGGCCCCGUGGCCCUGCUCGCGGACGCGUGCAUCCUCGUCGGCGUGGCCUACAUCUACUGGUUCACGUCGACGUCGCUCUCGUCGCGCGGCGUCGACCCAACCGUCGUGGCCUUCAACCCGUCCAUGUACACACUCACCAUCGGCGCCGCCAUCUUCACCUUCGAGGGCAUCGGCCUGGUCCUGCCGAUCCAGUCGUCCAUGGCGCAGCCGCACCACUUCGAACCUUUACUCGGGCUCGUGAUGCUCAUCAUCACCGUCGUCUUCACCUCGGUCGGCGCGCUGUGCUACGCCACCUUCGGCGAGCGCACCCAGAUCGAGAUCAUCAACAACUUCCCGCAGACCAGCCCGCUCGUCAACGCGGUGCAGCUGCUGUACGCCGUCGCCAUCCUGGUCGGCACCCCCGUGCAGCUGUUCCCCGCCCUGCGCAUCGUCGAGGGCCGCAUCUUUGGCCACCGCCGCUCCGGCAAGCGCAGCCUGCGCAUCAAGUGGGUCAAGAACGCCUUCCGCUUCGCCGUCGUUGUCUUCUGCGGCCUGGUGUCGGCUGCGGGCGCCGGGAAUUUGGACCGCUUUGUCGCGCUGAUCGGCAGUGUCGCGUGCGUGCCGCUGGUGUAUAUCUAUCCUGCGUAUUUGCAUUAUAGAGGGGUGGCGAGCAAGGGCUCGGUUAGAGCGGGCGAUCUGGUGAUGAUGGUUCUUGGAGUUGUUGGCAUGGUUUACACCACCGCUGUUACGGUCAAGCAGAGCUUUUUGUGAAUUUUUUUUUUUUUUUU